GGUUAAGCGAAGAGCCCAUCAACGAACAGGGGACGUAGAAGCUCGUGUGUAACUUACCCUCUGCCAUUCGUGUGCUUGCUGUGUGUUCACUGACUUCGUUCAAAUUCAUCAUACUGCACCAGAAUCCGCACGUAGAACACAAAUAGAUUUCUGUCGAAGUUGCUUCUACUGCUGCGGGACUGUUUCCCAUGCCAUUUAAGGAAGUCGCUAAGAAUGAGUCUUCCAAGGGCAAUAUCGGCCCGUACAUUGUGAAAAAGGUCCUUGGAGAAGGCUCCUUCGGAAAAGUAAAACUUGCUACCCACUACAAAACACAUCAAGAUGUAGCUCUCAAGUUCAUCUCCAAACAAACUCUGAAGAUGAGUGAUAUGUACUCGCGUGUAGAACGUGAAAUCUCAUACCUGAAGCUUCUCCGGCAUCCUCAUAUCAUAAAACUGUACGAGGUCAUCACAACACCGACGGACAUUAUAAUGGUAAUUGAAUAUGCUGGUGGAGAACUGUUUGAUUAUAUUGUCCAAAAACGCAAGUUGAGUGAGGACGAAGCACGCCGGUUUUUUCAACAAAUUAUCUGUGCCAUCGAGUACUGUCAUCGACACAAGAUUGUACAUCGUGAUCUGAAGCCUGAAAACCUUCUUCUCGAUGCAAAUUUGAACGUCAAGAUCGCCGAUUUUGGACUUUCGAAUUUAAUGACUGAUGGUAACUUCUUGAAGACAUCAUGCGGUUCGCCUAAUUACGCUGCUCCGGAAGUUAUCAAUGGAAAGCUUUAUGCAGGUCCAGAGGUCGAUGUCUGGAGUUGCGGCGUUAUUCUUUAUGUCAUGCUCGUCGGUCAAUUGCCGUUUGACGACGAGCUUAUUCCUAAUCUUUUCAAGAAAAUCAACAGUGGUCUGUUUUAUAUGCCUGAUUGGGUUUCUUCAGGCGCCAAAUCUUUAAUUCGCCGGAUGAUUGUCGUCGAUUCUAUGCAAAGAAUAACGAUUCAAGGCAUUAGAGAAGAUCCGUGGUUUAAUGAGAAUUUACCUGAUUACUUGAAACCGAUGCCAGAGUUGCAAGACUCUGCUGUUGAUACUAAGAUUUUGAAAAAACUUAGCGAAACAAUGGGCUUCUCGGAAGAAGAAGUUCUAAACGCUCUGCAUGACGUUAACGAAAACAACAAAAUCAAAGAGGCAUAUAACAUUCUGCAUGAGAAUCAAGUCAUUAAAGAGAAGAGUCAUCUUUCCUCUUACAAACGAAUGGAUUCGUUUCUGUCUGUUUCACCUCCAGCGUAUGAAGAGUAUUCCAGCGAUAUGGCUAGGAGAAUAAAGUCUCGACCAAUUUCUAAGGGGUCACUCUCCAGUGGUAGCAGCCCACGGGAAAAGGUUGGUUCACUUGAGCAGGCACCUAUCCAAAGUACAAUCUCGAUUCUUCCUUCUUCUACUUCUGCGAGGCACCAGGAGUUUAUGGCCGACAACUAUAAUCUCAGGGCCGCAGACGAAAAUGCGGACACUGCUAGCAUUGGCGGCACGAAGAAGAAAACCAGAAAAACACGUUGGCACUUCGGCAUCCGUUGCGGAGGUGACACACUUGAAAUCUUGUUUGCCAUAUACAGUGCGCUGAAGAAGGCAGGUGCUGAAUUCACGAAUCCACGUUUCAACGAGAACCAAAUUAAGCAAGAAAUCUACACGAUUAAAUGUAGGUAUCCUGUUAAAAGAGACCCAACUGAAGGCAGAACCGUGUAUGCUUUCGUUGAGUUACAGUUGUACGAAAUUAUGCCCGAAUGCUAUAUGCUGGAUGUUAAGUCCAAUGGUUACAAGGUUGUCCCGCCGCUCCCAGCCGAUCAAACGAAACGGGAAUCGCCUGAGGAACGAGUUAUUACCUCCAUGCCUUUUCUGGACCUCUGCAGCGACCUCAUCCUCAAACUCUUCUCCGGAUAAGCAUGUGUGCGUGAACUAGUUUAGUCAAGUUGGUCUUCCUCUACGCUAUGCAGAUAUCAUGAUUGAGGGUGCUGCACUCAUAUGUACUUUUGGGAUUGCUUUGUAUUGUUUCGGUUUUAAUGCUGUCACCGAGUCAUUGCCAGGCAAUUAUUAUACGGAAUAUAUUUGACCUUUAAUUGGCACUGGUGACAAGUUCCCUCGGACGUUCCAUCUAAUCUUUUCAACCCUUCGAUUUGGUAUGCUGAUUAGUUGUUUGCUCUGUUAUUUUGCUACUGCUAGUAGUAAUUACUAAUGCCCGUGCAUUUAAAAUGGCGUCCAUCUCCACGGACUCUGUAGCAAUUAUGUGCUCAUAACGAUUAAAAUUGUCCAGCUGUAUUUACGCUUUCGGGUUGUUCUUUCUUAUUUUCAACGAAUAAUGAAACCUAGCAGUAGCAAGAUAAUAGUAGUAGAAGAAAAUAUCAAUCCUUUUUUGUUUAUCUUUACA